CUGCUGACGGUGGUGGUGAUCUUCCGGAUACUCAUUGUGGCCAUUGUAGGGGAGACGGUGUACGAUGACGAGCAAACUAUGUUUGUGUGUAACACGCUGCAGCCAGGCUGCAAUCAGGCUUGUUACGACCAGGCUUUCCCUAUUUCUCAUAUAAGGUACUGGGUGUUCCAGAUCAUCAUGGUGUGCACUCCCAGCCUCUGCUUCAUAACGUACUCUGUUCACCAGUCUGCUAAGCAGAGGGAACGGAGGUACUCCACUGUCUUCCUCACCUUGGAGAGGGACCAGGACUCAAUGAAGCGUGAGGACAGUAAGAAAAUCAAGAACACCAUUGUCAAUGGGGUGCUGCAGAACACCGAGAACUCCACCAAAGAGGCAGAACCAGACUGCUUAGAAGUGAAGGAAAUCCCCAAUCCUGCUAUCAGAACUACAAAGUCAAAGAUGAGGCGGCAAGAAGGCAUUUCUCGAUUUUAUAUCAUUCAAGUGGUCUUUCGAAAUGCCCUAGAGAUUGGAUUCUUAGUGGGACAAUAUUUUCUGUAUGGAUUCAAUGUCCCUUCCAUGUACGAAUGUGACAGAUACCCUUGCAUUAAAGAAGUAGAGUGCUAUGUCUCUAGACCCACUGAGAAGACUGUAUUCUUGGUAUUCAUGUUUGCUGUCAGUGGGAUUUGUGUGGUGCUCAAUUUGGCAGAACUGAACCACUUGGGCUGGAGAAAGAUCAAAAUGGCAGUGAGAGGAGUACAGGCAAAAAGGAAAUCCAUAUAUGAAAUCAGAAAUAAGGACCUGCCAAGAAUGAGCAUGCCUAACUUUGGCAGGACUCAGUCAAGUGACUCAGCUUAUGUGUGAGGCUGUGACAGAACUGAAACACUGUGCCAGGUGGAACAGACCCAGACACCAUUAGAGAAAGGUACAUUGCUUAGGCAAGCAUUUUAUCAAACCACCAAGAAAGCCAUUAAGGUAUUGGAUCUGCACUUACUGAACUAGAUGCAAAAUGCAGUGCUAUGUAAAAGACUGAAAAAACACCUAUAAGACCAUGCUUGAUCUAGCCUUACAGCACAGUUACUAUUAUUAUCCUUUUUCUUUCUAAUGAUUGGGUGUUAUCUUUCGAUGGAGCAGCUUUUUGAUCAUCAUUAGGAUGAGACUACAGUUUGGGCUGUGUCUGACUAAUUGUUGUAAACGUGUAGAAUGUUCUUAUUAAAAAUCUGCAAGG